AUGGGAAGGCGAGAGGCCCUUGAUGAAAGGAGUUCGGGGAGGGGAGAGUGCGAGGAGGGCUGCGAAGGGGCCAAGUCCCCAUUAGAAAGCCCCCCUCGCCUGCCCCUCUCCCCCUCCCCAAAUCCCAACCCUCAGAGAGAGAUGGGAGGGGGCGGCGCGGGGGUCAGGGCCGCUGAUUGCCGGACGAGGCCUGAGGCCGGAGGCAGAGCCGUGCGGGGCUGGAGGCGGUUCGGAAAGGGAUGCGGGAUGGAGGGAGCUGGGCCGGGGAAGGAGGAUGAGGGGAAGGAGGCAGGCGAGACGGGGGGCGGCUCGCGGACGGAUUUCCGAGGGAGGGGGCAGGGGAGAAAGGGGGAUGGGCAGCAGGAUAGGGGGGCGGCUGGGCUUCGGUCACCUCAGGGCCGCAGCCUCGGGGGAGAGGGGGCGGCAACGGCGACGCCGCCCGGCGGGCUCUCGGGCUCCCUCCCCGGGUCUCGGUCGGUCAGUGUAGGAGGAGGCGGCGGCGGCGGGUCCGGGCUCGGUUCAAAGAGGCGGCUCCUCGCCCGGCCUCGGCUGUUCCCUCUUGGGCCGCGGCAUGAGCCCGGUGGUCACCAUCCUCCGCUCCCGCGGGCGGCCGCGGCCAUAGCCGGUGCCUCCCGGCGCGUCGGCUCCUCCGCUCACUCGCUCCCUCCCGUUUUCCCCCCUCCCCCUACCCCUCCCCCUCAAGGGCUCUGCGGCGGCGGCGGCGGCGGCUCCCGCCUCCUUCCCUCCCUCCUGACUCCGACUGCGCCUGCGCGCUGGCAAGGCAGGCCCCCGACGAGCCCCUCCCCCACACCCCUCUGCUCCCAGGAGUCCUCGUCCCCCCGCCCGAGUCCCUUCUCCCUUCCCCCCCCCUCCACCGUCUAUGAACAACCCCCUGAUACACAAGCCCGGAUGCGUAGCGCAUUUGUGGAGUUGUGA